CCCUCCGCUCUGAGGCCCGCCCGCGGGGCCGGCCGCCUGUCAGAGGGAGGUGGCGAUGGUGCGCCCGGUGGCGGCAGCGGCAGCGGCGGCGACGGCUUCCUUGGUCGGACGGCAGGGAGGAGAAGAUGACUGACCGACCGAUCGGAUGAAUGAAUGAAUGGCGGAGCCGAGCGCGCCAUGAGGAGCCUGCCGAGCCUGGGCGGCCUCGCCCUGUUGUGUUGCGCGGCGGCCGCCGCCGCUUCAGCUGCCUCGGCGGGGAAUGUCACCGGCGGCGGCGGGGCGGAGGGGCAGGUGGUCGUGUCGCCCACCCCGGGGCUGCGGGACCAAGCCAGCCACCCCUUCCCUAAGGCCGCGGCUCCCACGGCGCAGGCCCCGCGGACCGGCCCCCCGCGCAACACUGUCCGCAGAGCAGGGGCUGCGACCCCGCCAGCCGGCUCUCCGGAGACCACCCCUCUCCGCCCCACAGCGCCACCCGCUGCCACCACCUUCCCGGUUCUAGGCCCUUCGCCCGCCACCCCUUCGGAGGAGGGACGCACUCCCGCCACCCAGCCACCACCCUCCGGACCCGCGCCCAGCACCCUUGAGAGCACAGCUGGCCAGGUGCCGACCACCCCCAUAGUCACCACCGCUCAGGCUCCCAGCACUGCUGGGACCCCGACUGCCGAGUCCUGGAACAGCAGCCGCCACAGCAGCAUCCCGCCCACCGCACCUGCCACCGAAGCCCCUGCGCCUCCUCCCCCAGAGUAUAUGUGUAACUGUUCUGAGGUUGGAAGCUUGGAUGUGAAGCACUGCAACCAGACAUCAGGGCAGUGUGAGUGUCGUCCAGGUUAUCAGGGACUUCACUGUGAAACCUGCAAAGAGGGCUUUUACCUGAAUCACACUGUUGGUCUCUGCCUGCCGUGUCACUGCAGUCCACAUGGAUCUCUUAGCAUUCUCUGCAACAGUUCUGGGAAUUGCCAGUGCAGAGCAGGUGUCACUGGCUCCCUGUGUGACCAAUGCGAAGAUGGACAUUAUGGCUUUAAUAAGACAGGCUGCUUGCCCUGCCAGUGCAACAACCGGUCUGAUAGUUGUGAUGUUCUCACAGGUGCUUGUUUGAACUGCCAGGAAAAUAGCAAAGGGGAUCACUGUGAAGAAUGCAAAGAGGGAUUUUUUCAGAGUCCUGAUGCUACUAAAGAAUGCCGCCAGUGCCCUUGUUCAGAAGUGACUUCUACAGGCAAUUGCACCAUAGUUUUACCUUGCAUUACCCUGGGCAGAGUACCAUGUCAACAUCCCACAUCAACUUCCACUCUCAUGUGUAUUUCUUUUAUUGUUUCUCAAAACUGGAUAAUUUUGUCUUUUACAUUUCAUUCUCUGUUUUUAUUUUCAGAAGUUAUUGUUCCAACUCCAGAAGGUUCUACCAUUUUGGUUUUCAAUGCCUCUUUGACCACAUCAGUGCCCACCCCUGUUAUAAAUAGUACAUUUGCCCCCACAACCCUGCAGACUAUCUUUUCAGUAAGUUCUUCUGAAAACAGCACCUCAGCUCUCGCUGAUGUAUCAUGGACCCAGUUUAACAUCAUCAUUUUGACAGUCAUCAUCAUUGUGGUAGUGCUGCUAAUGGGAUUCGUAGGAGCUGUGUAUAUGUACCGGGAGUACCAAAACCGGAAACUCAAUGCUCCCUUUUGGACCAUCGAGCUGAAAGAAGACAAUAUCAGUUUCAGCAGCUAC